AUGCGGGGGGAAAAAAAAAAAAUGACACGUUGUCUCCUUGGUAGAGUCGUGUCUGGGGGUGACAGUGUGGGUUGCGAGGAGAGGCCGGGCGGAGACGAGGGGUGGAAGGUUACAUAUAGGGCGGGGCGGUGCUGCGCACUUCCUUUUCCUGUGCGAGCGGCCGCGCCGAGAGGAGCGUGGCCUUCUCCGCUCCUCGCCAUGGCGUGUGCUCGUCCCCUCAUAUCGGUGUAUUCUGAGAAGGGGGAGUCAUCUGGCAAAAAUGUCACUUUGCCAGCUGUGUUCAAAGCUCCCAUUCGACCAGAUAUUGUGAAUUUUGUUCAUACCAACUUGCGUAAAAACAACAGACAGCCCUAUGCCGUCAGUGAAUUAGCAGGUCACCAGACCAGUGCUGAGUCUUGGGGUACUGGCAGAGCUGUGGCUCGAAUUCCCAGGGUACGCGGUGGUGGCACCCAUCGCUCUGGCCAGGGUGCCUUUGGCAAUAUGUGUAGAGGAGGCCGCAUGUUUGCACCAACGAAGACUUGGCGUCGGUGGCACCGCAGAGUAAACACAACCCAAAAGCGAUAUGCCAUCUGCUCUGCCCUGGCUGCCUCAGCCCUACCAGCAUUGGUCAUGUCCAAAGGUCACCGUAUUGAGGAAGUUCCUGAACUUCCUUUGGUGGUGGAGGAUAAAGUUGAAGGCUAUAAGAAGACCAAGGAGGCUGUGUUGCUACUUAAGAAACUUAAAGCCUGGAAUGACAUCAAGAAGGUCUAUGCCUCUCAGCGAAUGAGGGCUGGCAAGGGUAAAAUGAGAAACCGCCGUCGCAUCCAGCGUAGGGGACCCUGCAUCAUCUAUAAUGAAGAUAAUGGGAUCAUUAAGGCCUUCAGGAACAUCCCUGGAAUCACUCUGCUUAAUGUAAGCAAAUUGAACAUUUUGAAGCUUGCUCCUGGUGGGCACGUGGGGCGCUUCUGCAUUUGGACUGAAGGUGCUUUCAGGAAGCUCGAUGAGUUGUAUGGCACUUGGCGCAAAGCUGCUUCCCUCAAGAGUGACUAUAAUCUGCCAGUGCACAAGAUGAUGAACACAGACCUUGGCAGAAUCUUGAAAAGCCCAGAGAUCCAAAGAGCUCUCCGAGCACCACGCAAGAAGAUCCACCGCAGAGUCCUGAAGAAGAACCCUCUGAAGAACCUACGCAUCAUGUUGAAACUGAACCCCUAUGCCAAGACCAUGCGUCGGAACACCAUUCUUCGCCAGGCCAGGAACCACAAAAUCCGGGUGCAGAAAGCCAUGGCGGCGGCGGCGCCCAAGUCAGGUGAGAAGGGAGCAGCGGCCAGGACGAGUGCGGGCAAGAAGCCUGCCCAGGGGAAGAAAGGAAAGCCGCCCACAGAGGCCAAGAAGCCGAAGAAGCCAGCUGGAAAAAAGGCUGCAGCUACUAAGGUCCCAGCAGAGAAGAAAGCUGCAGAACAGAAGCCUGCUGCAUAAAGCUCUGCUCCCUAGGGUCAAAUAGAGACCCAUCUGAAUAAAGACCUAUCUUUGGAUGAGG